AAAAGCGAAGCUCACUCGUGCUUUGUCCACCGUCUUCCCCAAAGCCAAAGGCAAAAACCCUUUCAGAGCUUACGUUCUCCUUCUAUCAGAGUAAACACCAAAAACUGAACCAAAUGGCAGUGAAAUCAAGGAUUCUUGUAACCGCAUUGCCUCUGUUUUUGAUAUUCUUGAACUUCGCCGACGGCAGAUUCCCCGGCGUCUACUCCGGCGGCGCCUGGCAAAGCGCCCACGCUACUUUCUAUGGCGGCAGCGACGCCUCCGGCACCAUGGGAGGCGCGUGCGGGUACGGCAAUCUGUACAGCCAAGGAUACGGCGUCAACACCGCAGCAUUGAGCACUGCUCUGUUCAACAGUGGCUUCACCUGCGGCGCCUGUUUCGAGCUCAAAUGCGCAAACGACCCUCACUGGUGCCACAGCGGUAGCCCUUCCAUCUCCACCCCCGCCACUAACUUCUGCCCUCCUAACUUCGCCUUGCCCUCCGACAAUGGCGGCUGGUGCAAUCCUCCCCGCGCCCACUUCGACCUUGCCAUGCCCAUGUUCCUCAAGAUCGCAGAGUACCGCGCAGGCAUCGUCCCUGUCUCCUACCGCAGAGUUCCGUGUAGGAAGAGGGGAGGGAUAAGGUUCACGAUCAACGGUCAUCGAUACUUCAACCUCGUGCUGAUAACGAACGUUGCGGGAGCUGGAGACAUCGCGAGAGCGAGCGUGAAGGGGACGAAGACGGGAUGGAUGGGAAUGAGCAGGAACUGGGGACAGAACUGGCAGUCCAACGCUGUUCUUGUCGGUCAGUCUCUCUCAUUCCGCGUAACAGGCAGUGACCGUAGAUCUUCCACCUCGUGGAAUAUCGUCCCUUCCCACUGGCAGUUUGGUCAAACUUUUGUCGGGAAGAAUUUCAGGGCCUGAGAGAGAUGGGGGGAGGGGAAGAGCUGAAGUGGCUGUGAAAAAGUUAUUGUGGAAUAGCCCGCAGCUCUCGUUACAACCUGUAAUGCUGAAGUUAAUAUUAAUAUACAAGUUUGUUCUGAUUAA